AUGGCAGUGUCUGGUGUAUCAGUCAGGAAGGACCACCUCAGCUGUCCACUCUGUCAGGAGGUGCUCAGGACUCCUGCUGCUAUUCCAUGUGGGCACACCUUCUGCAGUCUCUGCAUCAAGGACUUCUGGGACAAUGAAGAAAAGCAUGAUCGUUUCUGCAGCUGCCCUGAAUGCCAAUAUACCUUUCACCCGAGGCCUAACCUGAUCAAGAACAUUGCUCUGGCUGAAAUGGUGGAAGCCAUGGAGAAGUCCAGGUGUAGAAAUAAUGCGGGUUCCGUAGGUAAGCACAGACUUGCUGCAGCCUGCCAUCAGGCAGGGCCAUCAUCCAGUCAGACUCAGGAAAAGGCCAGACCCAUGAAGAGUCCCCAAACCCCUACAGUCUCAGAGGCACUGAAGAGCAGAGUAUGUCCCACACAUGACAGACUGCUGGAGGUUUACUGCUGCGAUGAUGAUCAAUGCAUCUGCCUUCUGUGCGCCCUGGUUGAGCACAAAGCACACUCCACUUUGUUCGUGAAUGAGGGAUGGAGCAGGAAACAGAAACAGCUCCAGGACCUUAAGAAGGAAUCAAAAAGAAUGAUCAAAAAGAGAGAAAAGGAGCAGAAGGACCUGACAGAGAGCAUACAGAGGAUUAAGGAAGGUAGUAGGGCUGCUGAAGAGCACUGCGAGGGCGUCCUCGCUGGGCUGAUUGACUCCCUCCAGAGGCACUACUCCACCACAGUCAGAGAGCUGAUCAGGGCCCAGGAGACAGCUGUAGUGGCUCAGGCUGAGAGCUCCCUGUGUAACCUGGAGACAGACAUUGCUGAGCUGAAGAAGAAAGACACUGAGCUGGAGGAGCUGUCACAGACAGAUGAUGAUAUCCACUUCCUCCAGAGGGCAGUGUCAUGUCCCUUAUACAGCAGGAGGACACGAGACGAGGUCAUUAGCCCAAUAGAUACUGCUUUACGCUUUUAG